AUGGGCAAUAAAAAUAGUAAGAAUGGAAACCAUACAAUUCGAAAUAAGAAUAAUAAGGAUGGAAACUAUACAAUUCAAAAUAAGAAUAAACAACAAGAUUGUGUUAAUAGAGAUAUUGGUGCCAAUCAACGGCAUGAUUAUUGUAAUGAUCAUUUCCCAGCGCUUUCCUGUGCUUUCCGGCCGUUUCCCGCCGUACGUCCACGACCUGGGUUCAAAAAAGACGAAAAUGCAGAUGUUGAAAAUGAUCGUAAUAAAUUAUUGCCAAGUUGUAAUCAUCACAAUAACAAAUCAUUAAAUCAUACAAAACAUGCUGCACGACGAACCAUUAUAAAUUAUGAACGUGUAAUUGAUAAACCACUUACUGUUAACUCUAAUCUGAAGGCAUAUCGUAUUUAUAAAUCAAAUGAUGCAGGCAAUUAUGCCGUUUAUAGACCUUCACAUGAUAUCCAAAAUGCCAGAAUUGUACGACGUAAGAAUAAUCGUACAUCACAAAUGAAAAUUUAUGAUUCAGAAGAAUUUUUUUCUUGUGAAGAAGAAUAA